CAAUCAGUCUGUGGUCACUGAAGAGUUAAAAAAGCUGCUUAAAUCUUCUCUUUAGAAAAAUAUGAAACCCAAGGGGUGGAGACCACUAGCUAAAGGAAACGUUUAAAGCCAACUUGGCUUUGUUAUGCAAGUUGAGUUCCUUCUGGGGCAGCAGAGAUGCGGAGUGCAGGCAAUGCAGUGGCUUCAGAGACCGAAUCCUUUCUGAGCAAGGGCUGUGGCAUCUGAGGUUACCCAGAGAGUACCAGACACUGGAGCCUCCACCUCAAAGAUACUGCCACCAGGGUGGCCCGUGAGGUUUCUACUUGACUUCACCCUCUGGUGGGUGGCUGGAGAAGUGCCACUCAGCCUGGAACCAUGGGCUCUACCAGCAGCCGCCAGAAGAAAGUCUUCAAUGACUCAGUCAGCGAUUAUGUCAACUCUGAAAUCAUUAAGAAACAUUACAACUACACAGGGAAGUUAAACGAGAAGGCAGACAGUGGAAUAAAAGUGACCUCAGUGGUUUUUAUCAUCAUUUGUUGCUUUAUCAUCUUAGAGAACAUUUUUGUCCUGCUGACUAUCUGGAAAACCAAGAAGUUUCACCGACCCAUGUACUAUUUCAUUGGGAAUUUGGCUCUCUCAGACUUGCUGGCUGGGGUGGCUUAUACUGCCAACCUUUUGUUAUCUGGACACAAAACCUAUAGUCUUACCCCUGCCCAGUGGUUUGUCAGGGAAGGCAGCAUGUUUGUAGCUUUGUCAGCCUCUGUUUUCAGCCUGCUGGCCAUUGCCAUUGAGAGGUAUAUCACCAUGCUGAAGAUGAAACUCCACAAUGGGAGCAACAGCUUCCGCUCCUUCCUACUGAUCAGUGCCUGCUGGGUGAUAUCCAUGAUCCUAGGGGGGCUCCCUAUUAUGGGCUGGAACUGCCUCAACCACCUGCAGAGUUGCUCCACUGUGCUGCCCCUCUACCAUAAGCACUAUAUUCUCUUUUGCACCACAGUUUUCACUGGUCUUUUAUUAUCAAUUGUCGUCCUCUACUGCAGGAUCUAUUCCAUGGUCAGGACUAGGAGCCGCAGUCUGACAUUUCGAAAAAACAUUACCAAAGCCACGAGGAGCUCAGAGAAAUCUUUAGCCUUGCUCAAGACAGUGAUCAUUGUCCUGAGCGCAUUUAUUGCCUGCUGGAGUCCCUUGUUCAUCCUACUCUUGCUGGAUGUGGGGUGCAAAGUGAAGGCCUGUUCAAUCCUCUUCAAAGCUGAGUAUUUCUUAGUACUGGCUGUGCUCAAUUCAGCCACGAACCCUAUCAUCUAUACCUUAACCAACAAAGAGAUGCGGAGGGCCUUCAUCAAGAUCCUGUGCUGUUGCAAAUGCCCCUCUGCAGAUUCUGGAGCCAAAUUCAAGAGGCCAAUCAUAGGAGGCAUGGAGUUUAGUCGAAGCAAAUCUGACAAUUCCUCCCACCCACAGAAGGAUGAGGGUGACUGCCCGGAGACAAUCAUGUCUUCAGGCAAUGUCACCUCGUCUUCUUAGAA